AGCCUCGAGGUCUUUGUGAAAGGAAUUUCUUCCUUAGUGACUCCCGUAGAUACUCCGACCGGAGACUCAUCCGUUCGUCCUUCCUCCUGGCUUGGGCAACCUCCUCCCCACUUCCCUGGGCUGCAUAGAGGCGUCCAAGAUGGCGGGAGGUUCGGUGUAGUAGGAAGCUUUCGCGGCGAAGUGUAGCGAACGUCGAGCUCAGGCGGUUGGUCACUUGUCGGGACGCUCCUUUUCUGACCAUGAGCAACAUCUACAUCCAGGAACCCCCCACCAACGGCAAGGUUUUGCUGAGAACAACAGCAGGAGAUAUAGAUAUAGAGUUAUGGUCAAAAGAAGCACCAAAAGCAUGUCGAAAUUUCAUCCAGCUUUGUAUGGAAGAGUAUUACAAUAACACAAUAUUUCACAGAGUAGUGCCUGGCUUUAUAGUGCAGGGAGGUGAUCCCACUGGUACUGGAUCAGGUGGAGAUUCAAUCUAUGGAGCUCCCUUCAAGGAUGAGUUCCAUUCACGAUUGCGAUUUAAUCGAAGAGGACUUGUUGCUAUGGCAAAUGCUGGGCCCCAUGAUAAUGGGAGUCAAUUUUUCUUUACGUUGGGUCGUGCAGAUGAACUUAAUAACAAGCACACAAUCUUUGGAAAGGUUACAGGGGAUACAAUAUAUAACAUGUUGCGCCUGGCUGAAGUAGAAGUUGACAAGGAAGAGAGACCUCUCAGUCCACACAAAAUAAGAAGUAGUGAGGUUUUGUUUAAUCCUUUUGAUGACAUUGUUCCAAGACCGAAUAGAAAGCUGAAGAAGGAAAAACCAGAAGAAGAAACUAAAAAGUCCAAAGUAAAAGGCACAAAAAAUUUUAACCUGCUUUCCUUUGGGGAAGAAGCUGAAGAAGAAGAGGAGGAAGUCAAUAGAGUUAGUCAGAGCAUGAAGGGAAAAAGUAAAAGUAGUCAUGAUCUACUGAAGGAUGAUCCACAUCUAAGCUCAGUUCCUGCUGUCAAAAGUGAAUCAGCAAGUGAAGAAAGGGAUUUGAGUGAGGAGGAAGAAGAGCAUGAUGAAGAUGCUGAUAGUGUAGAAGGCGAAGCUGCUAGCAAUGAGAGAUUUCAAAUAAAAGAACGCAUUGCCAAGAAGUUGAAAAUUGAUACAAGUGAAAAUACUAAACAGCAACUUCAAGAGGAAGAAACUAAGACAGAAAAGAAAACAACUAGUCGCAGUGAGGAGCUACGGAAAGAAGCACGACAGCUGAAACGUGAACUGCUGGAAGCAAAGCAGAAAAAAGAAGAAAGAGCUUUAAAACCCAAAGAGAAGGAAGAGGAGGAACCUCCCCCAAACAGUGUCGUUGAAGAGUAUCUUCAGGAAAAGAGAAAAUACGAAGACAAGCGGAAGCAGCAGCCAAAGAAAGGGGUUUCUCGCGAAGAUCAGACACUUGCACUGUUGGACCGAUUUAAAUCAAAGUUAACCCAGGCAAUUGAAGAAACUCCUGAAAAUGAAGUUUCUGAACCUGAAGUAGAUAAUGACGAAGGAUGGAUGUCACAUGUACUUCAAUUUGAAGAUAGAAGCAGAAAGGUGAAAGAUGCAAGCAUGCAGGAUGAAGAUACUUUUGAGAUCUAUGAUCCACGGAAUCCUGUAACUAAGAGGAGAAGAGAAGAAAGCAAGAAGAUAAUGAGAGAAAAAAAGGAAAGGAGAUAAAAAGAAUGUAAAGCUAGCCAGAGCUGCCUUGAAAAGUGACUGCAAUAAAGCACUGGCUCUUUUGUAAGCUGUACUUCCUAAAAAUACCACGGGAGAAGUGUGAAAAGGAAUCUCUCAAGAACCUGUCGUGCAGUUUUGAAGCAGAGCUAUCAUUUGUUUCUUAAGUUGUGCAGUCAAGUGCUCUCAGUGCAUUCAUUAUCCAACCUCUCUAAAGGUCUUUAGAAUUAGGAUAUUUAGAUAUUUAGAAAAUGUUUUAGAAUAUUUUAUAAUAAAACAGCUGACUUGACUUCACACAUUAGAGUGGUAAAUGCUGCCUUCCCGAACCGCUCUGUUGCAGAAUUAAGAUGAUGCACUUGCAGAACUCCUUGGUCCCGGCUUUUUUGAAACCAGCUAAGUUCAAGUUGAGAAUUUGGUUGUUUUCUGCUUUUGAAAUACAUACUCCAAAAUAGAUCCAGCUUAGGAAUCUGGGUUAAUACACAGUUUGGGGAGUAUUAUUUCACUAUAUGUACCACAUGAACAAAAAAAGAAUUUGAAUGUACCGUAGUGGUUGCUUAAACUGUUGCAAUAUCAGAAACAUCUUUCUGGUAGAAUUUUCACUGUAAAGUAGCUGGUAAUGAAGAUUGGUUUGUUAAUUAGUCCAGUACAGAAACAGAAAAAAUGUGAUCAGUCUCAUUAAAAACAUAACUCUGUUUUCAUUAAAAGCAUAACCCUGUUUUUAACAAUUAUUUUACUGUCUAAAAAUGAACAGCUCUAAGUUUCUAGUUCACAGACUUUCUACAGGUCCUGUCCUCUGGUGGUAAUAGUUUUACAGAAACAUGGGAUUUUCAGUGCUACUUCCUUGCAGCAUUUCUGAUGCCGCAGAAGCACGGACUACCCAUAUGGGCAACAGCUAAAGAAGAGUGAGCACAAAUGAGCAAGGUCAUUAAAAAGUGCAACCCGAGGAGUGUUUUGCUGAUGUUGUUUUUAGAACAAGUUCAGUAAGGUAUGGUGUCCUUAUCAAGCUGCCACUGCCGAAUUUCUUGAUAGGGUCUGAGGUGUGAGAUACAUAAACCUGCAUUGGUGGGUUAAUAUGGCCCAAAUGUCAGAGGUUAGAUUAAUACAGACUAUUGCUUUAAUGCGCGGUGCAACCUUUGAGAUAAGAAGAAAACUUGGAGGUGUGAUGUGAGAUCCUAUAUAAAGCUGUCAUUAUCCUCCUCUCAGGCUGAGUGAAUUAUAGUGUACUAUGGUGUAAAGAAGUUAAGAGGGGUUAAAUUCUUAAACGCAGCCGUUCACAAACUAGUGAGUCAAAGUUUUUUAAUCAUUAAGUCAUUUUCUGUCAGGCUGCUAUUGGGAAAAUCAAGAACAUCUAAUGUUACAUGCUGUUAUCUCUAUUCAUGUUUUGUUUGUGGAGAAAAUUUU